CGUAUUUGUUUCCCUCGCUUGUGACAACCGACCUCCAGGGCUGUGGCAGUAUGGCGGGUGAAGAGUGUGGGGAUCCGGGUACUCAUCCGGGUAUUUCUUCUCACAGCACACCCCUUUCCUACCACUCCCUUCACUGGAGUAGACACCUGAAGUGCCAGGUGUGUUUUGGUUACCUAAGGAAGCCGGUUACACUGUGUUGUGGACAUUCUUUCUGCCGCCUCUGUGUGAUACAGUUGGGACAGACGACAAAGGCCCUCAACCCGACUGUGUCGCUUAGAUUCCUGAAAGUCUCAUGUCCAACAUGCAGAACCAUCUUCCCAGCCAGCUCCAUAUUGAAAGGCCGAGUUCCUGCCUCGUUCCUGCUUCAGAAUCUUCUGGCUGAUUGGAGGCGAGAGCGCAGAAGGUUGCGCAGCAUGUCAACGGUCACUGUGAGGUCCAUCUGUACGCAGACGGUCGUUAACCGCCAGUGCCGCCUGCUCCAGCGAAAGGACUCCGCCCAGGAGACACAGAACCUUCAAGAGGAGUUCCACCUUCGCUGGCGGCCUGAUGAGGACUAUUGCAAGGCCAUGAUGUCUGACAUCAAUUCCGAGUCGUCGGAUGAGGCCGAGCAGAAGGCGGGCGACGACGCCGACAACCGGCAGGACGCCUCCUCGUGCGAGACCGACAGCAGCAGCAGCUCGGCCGUCUCCAGCACGCGCGGUGUACAACUGGGUGGCAGACGCUCGCGGCACCGCGGAGCGGCACUGAGGUUCAGAGGCAGCGGAAGGGACUGUUCGGAGUGGUCGCCGGCCAGGGUGUUGCUGAUGUCAAUCUGGUGCAUGUACUCUAUGGUGGUCGUGGGCUUGGCGCAGUCCAUGCUGCCCUACAUGGUCCUCGUCACACUGCUCUUCUUGCUCGUCAUACUCAAAUGACAUCAGGAAAGCUGAUACUGAAGACAAAUUGGCAUUACACUAUCAAAAUAUCAGUGACAGACAACGAGUGAAGACUGAGAGCUUACGUCUGUGUGGGUAAGUGUUGUCUCUGUGGGUGCAUGAUACCCAAUAAAAGUUUACAAA